GCUCCGCAGUGACGGUCGGACCUAACGGUUGCCGUUGACAUUGCGGCGCGGAUCGGGCGGCGGACCCGGCCCCGCGAGCGGCGCCCGCCCCGCCGCCGCCAGCCGGCACCUCACCGGCCCCGCGGAGGAGGCCGCGGCGGCGCCGCGGUGAUGCGGCCGCGCUGAGGCCCAGGUGCAUCCGCCUCCCUCCCUCCCUCCCCCGCCGCCGGAUCGGGGCCCGGCCCCGCCGCCCUGCGCUGGCUUCGCGGUUCCUGCCUGCGGCCGCCAUGCCGGGCCGCCGCUGAGCCAGCGUCCGCUCGGAGAGCAGCAGGGCCCGGGGGAGGGCGGCCCGGCAUGGCCCGCAGCCUGGAGUAAGCGCCGCCGCCCUCUCCCUGCGCUGUGCCGCCGCGGGCGGGCCGAGGCCGCUGCUGGGAGCGAGGCCCCGCUGGAGGCGGAGGAGGAGCCAGCGCGGCCCCUCUGACAGGGCCGCCGCGGCCUCCGCGCUGCCGCCGCCGCGCGGCUCCAGGUGGCCCCGGACCAAGGUGACACCCGGCCUGCCCCCGCCCCGGGGCCACCUGCCCCCGCGGCCGGCACGGGCUCGGCGCCGCGCUUUCUUCUCGCUCCGGAGCCGGCGGCGUGCGAGCGGCUGCGAUGAACCCGGUGAAUGCCACUGCUCUCUACGUUUCCGCGAGCCGCCUGGUGCUCAACUACGACCCUGGGGACCCCCAGUCCUUUACCGAGAUUAACAAGCUCCUGCCCUACUUCAGGCAGUCCCUCUCCUGCUGCGUUUGCGGAAAUUUGCUACAAGACCCAAUUGCUCCUACCAACUCCACAUGCCAGCAUUAUGUCUGCAAAACGUGUAAAGGCAAGAAGAUGAUGAUGAAACCAUCAUGUAGCUGGUGCAAGGACUAUGAACAGUUUGAGGAGAACAAGCAGCUGAGCAUCUUAGUGAACUGCUACAAGAAACUCUGUGAGUACAUAACGCAGACUCCGCUGGCGCGAGAUAUUAUCCAGGCAGUCGAUUGUUCUGCAGAUCUUCUGGCUUUGCUCAAGGAUGGAUCACCACUCCAUGAAGAGACAGAAAAAUCUUCUGAGGCAGCCUUGGCUCUGUGUUUGACACAUUCCCCAGUACCUUCCACCUCAGAGCUCCCCACGGAUCCUCCAGCUGGUUUCACGUCCCUACCAGAAAGCACACACAACAUGGACAUCCGAGGCUCUGUCAUCAACGGGUUGCCCAACUGUAACGGGCUGUCAGUGGAUAAACUGGGCGUGAGCAUCCCGUCUCCAGAACAUGCCAACACCAUUGAUGUCUGUAGCACUGGAGAGUACAUAAAAACAGAAGACCUCCCCAGCAGCCUGCAGCCCGUGUGUGACACGGUUUCCACCAGCGACCUGUGCACGACGGGCAUCGACAUCUGCAGCUUCAGCGAGGACAUCAAGCCGGGCGGGUCGCUGCUCCUCAGCGUCGAGGAGGUUCUCCGGAGCCUAGAGACCGUUUCCAACACUGAAGUCUGUGAUUCUAAUUUGCAGCCCAGCUUGGAAGCAAACAUGACUAACGGCCCCUUCCUGCAGCUCUCUCCCCCAUCCCUUAGCCAUAACAUUUUCAUGUCCGCAGAUGCUUCUCCUCACGGGAUCUCCUGUACGGCAGCCACGCCCAAGGUAGUGAAGUUAAACAGGAAGCGAUCUCGGUCGGAAAGCGACAGCGAAAAGGUUCAACCUCUGCCCAUUUCCAGCAUCAUCUGUGGCCCAACACUGGGAGCAUCAGCUCCUGUAACAGUGAAACAGGAAAGCAAAAUGUCUUUGCAGCCUAUCGCAACUGUACCUAACGGAGGCACGACUCCCAAAAUCAGUAAAACUGUGCUCCUGUCUAAUAAAAGCAUGAAAAAGAAUUUAGAACAUGCCCCUAAGAAAUCCCACCCAAAAGCCAAACCAGGGGUGCUGAAAACAAAAGACAAAGCAAAGGAGAAAGUUCCUAGCAGUAACGUUAUGCCAGGAAGCCCAACAAAAACUGUGUAUAAAAAGCCACAAGAAAAGAAAGGGUGUAAAUGUGGUCGUGCCACCCAAAAUCCAAGUGUUCUUACAUGCCGUGGCCAACGCUGCCCUUGCUACUCGAACCGCAAAGCCUGCCUUGACUGCAUAUGCCGUGGCUGCCAAAACUCCUACAUGGCUAAUGGGGAGAAGAAGCUGGAGGCAUUUGCAGUGCCAGAAAAGGCCUUGGAGCAGACUAGGCUUACUUUGGGCAUUAAUGUGACGAGCAUUGCGGUGCGCAAUGCCAGCACAAGCACCAGUGUAAUCAAUGUGACAGGGUCACCAGUAACUACGUUUUUAGCUGCCAGUACACACGAUGAGAAAAGUUUGGAUGAAGCUAUAGACAUGAGAUAUGACUGUUGAAUCUCUCUCUCUUUUCCCUGCCAUCCGUAGGGGAACUGCUACAGUUUUAAGGCAGCUAUGGUUCUGUUUAACUUGCUGGAGCUCCUGCGUUUAGAUCACUUGUAUCAAGUGUUUUUCAUUGCUAUGUUAUGUGUAUUAGUGUCUGGGAAAUAGUUGCAGAUAAUGGAGGAGUUACCCUAAAACUGUUUUUAGUUCUUACAGCACCUCAUAGUUUGAGAUCAAUUGCUGAUGUAAAUGAUUUUAUCACAAGAUCUUUGGCAAGAAGUGUAUCAACCUCAUUGUACUUGACCAUGCUUUGUGCUCAGUCAAAGCUUCUGCUUCAGUGUAGAAAAGUGGUAUCUAGUUAGUCCAUCUAAACUGUGCUAGAUGAUGAUGUAGAAAAGCAAUUAUCAAUUGGUUACAGUCACCAUUACCAGAAAAUUGCCCAAAAGUCCUGCAGGAAAUGCAGCCUUGAACUGGGGAGCACAUUCUGAAAAGGGCAGAUAAUUUCCCAAUGUGAGAACUCGUUACCUACUCAGUGCAAGAGCUGAACCAAGUUUAGUACUAUAUUGAGAAAGCAAGUAGCCCAAAAAGAAGCUCAGCCCCAGAGAAGUGUCAGGAGGAUGAGCUGGUCAGAGGUGACCCUGCUGACUGGGACACACCAUCCCAGUAAGAACCUGGCUGGGUUUUUGUUUCCUCAGCAACCCCACAAGUCAUGUUCCUGCUGUGCCCUUUAUGCCACCUCCCUCUGGCUGACAUGUCACUGGCUAUUUUGGCUGGGGCAGGAAAACUACCUGUAAAAUUGCUCCAAUUUUAUUCGCACUGCUCUCUCCUUCCACACACCCCCCCCCUUUUUUUUUUUUUUUUUAAAUUUAAGUUCCUGCUGAUUUUCCUGCUGUUACUUCUAGAAAAGAGAGGGAUUUUGUGGAUUGCAGGGAGACUCCUUGGCUGAUUCCCAGCUCUGCUGCCACUCAGUGCCAGGGUCUUUCACAGCAGUUACCAGCACUGGGAGAGAUUGUUUAUUAAUAGAUAAACCUGGGACCCAUCCCCUUGAAGCACUUCUCUGCUGACAGGCAUCCUUCAGCUGGGCAGAGCAUCCACUGCUGUCUGAAGUCAAAGGUUUUGGAUGUUUGUUGGCCAGUAGAGGCUGUACAGCUCACUCCACCCAGAAUCUCUCAUUUUUUGCUAGUAUGUAGAAAGGAGUUUUUGGAAGGUCAGUGCUUUUCAACAUGGGCUGAAAGGUUCUAAAGUGGAGAAAUAACAGCAAGUUGUCCAAGAGCUUAUCUCAGAAAGUGUUCAAGUGAAAAGCACCUUUGUAGGAGUUCAGCUUUAUGCCAAAAUGGUUAAUUUUGGUGUAAUCCCUAAAGAAGGGUUCAGGCAGAAGAGUCCAGUCUUGCAUUUAAGGCUUGAGCAGCAGCAGCCUAACCAAGCCAGGUUCCUUUCUGAAAGCUGAAACGUCUCCUCUUUGAAUGAUCCAGCACAAAUGAAGCAUGGGCUGACUAGAACCCACACCGAUACCUUCUAAUUUAGAAGGCAGUUCCUGUUUCAGCAGCAUGUUAAAUAGUCUGUGACUUUCCUGAGUUCCUUUUCUGCUUCCAUCUGUCCUGUCCCCCACGCAGUGACCCCGCAGCGCGCUGACCUGACGCCGGGCGCGUUUGAUUUGGCACAAAGCAUGGACAAUGAUGGUUCCUCACCUAAGAAAUAAGCAAAAACCUUUGGACACAAAUGACACCUCCUUUUGUUUUUGUAGUGUACCAUGGUGUCAUUUCCUGUGAAUGUGGUCAGAUCUUUUUGUUGGUUUUGGUUUGUUUCUCCCCCCGUCUUUUUUGUGGGGUGGGUAGGGUGGGGGGUUAAAGCCAUAGGAAGAAAAAUGUGAUGUAUGUGUCCAGUCUGUACUUUUUUGUUUUUGUUUUGCAAGAAGAGUUGAAAAAUAUUUUUGAUAAUGAGUAAAUGGUGGAAAAUGCUUCUUAGUAUUCUUGUCUUUAUUUGCCAACCCAAGUACCUAAGAUCUGUGUUUUUUAGCCCUCAUGAGAUUUAACGAUGUCCUAUUAAAAUGUAUUUAGUUAAACUUGUAUGUGAUUUUUGUGUUGGCCCGAAAGGAUCCUGCCAGUUUCUAAUUUGGUGGUUUGAUCGUGACCUACUAAUGUAAAUCUGUUUAUUAGUCCACUACGUGUAAGAAAAGUAGCCAGACCAGAGUCUGAUUUAAGGGGAGUGAACUGCACAGCAUGGGUUGUUUCUGAAUGCUUUUGCAGAGCUGUUAAGUUUUGCUGAGAUUGUUGAUGGUACAUUUAUUAGGACUUUUAUUCAAUUAAAUACAUAGUACCUUUUUCUCCAGAAAUGUGGGGAGUACUUGGAAUCUUUACUAUCUCACUGCUGCAUUAAAUAUGGUACCAAAAGUUGGAGAAUUUAGGUCAAGCAUGUUUUGGAACUGUCGACAGGAGAGCCCUGAUCAUUCAUGUAAAACUGCAAAUGGUAGAUUCAGGUUGUUUCUAAAAACAUUUCCUUUUAUGCUGCCAGGUUCUUGAAAUGUGUAUUAAAAUUCAAAUUGAUUUAAUAAAUGUUAGUUUUCUAAUUCUAUUUUGCAACUG